AUGGAGAAGAGUAAAGUGAUGCAAAUCGUAAAAUUGAAAAACCAUUCGCCGACAUUCCAUGACGUUUGGAGGAAGUUCAACGACAUUACGAAAAACAUCGCCUUCUCCAUGGUCCUCGAUCUCUUUCCGAUAACUCCUUUGGAAAUGAAAACGUUGCAAAAUGCGAUCCGACUGGCCGAACCGUUCUACCAAUUUCCCAGCGAGACCCAGCUGCUGGAGAUAAUAAUUCCUCGUAUUUACAAUCAAGUGAAGCAAAAAGUGCUAAAUACUAUAAAGAGCGAUUUGCUGAAAGGUGUGAAGAGCGUAGCUUUAACGAUAGACGGGUGGAACGGGCGCAGCAUAGCCGAUUACAUGUCCGUGACGAUACAUUAUUGGACCGAGGAGUACGAGUGCCGGCACCUGCUGCUGCAGCUGGAGAGCCUGCCGCGUACCUGGAACACAGCUCAGGAUCUGUUCCACCUGAUCGAGAACGUGCUGCUGAAGUACGGCCUGUCCGAGGAGAGAACCGAGUCCGUUCACAUAGUCACGGCAAACGGCAACAACAUCGUCAAAGCCAUCUCCAUGAGCGACAAGUGGAUAAGGAUACCGUGCUUCGCGCGGCUCUUUCAGCAAACCGUCGACGACGUCCUGCGCAGCUUUCCCCACUUGGACGAGCUUGUGACCAAGUGCCGAUACUUGCUGGCCGCCAUAUGGACCAAGUCGGCCACGGACGUCGAGUUCCACAAGAGCAAGCUCCACUCCAGCUGCAUCCUGGACGACAUCGUGCCCUCGUGGAACUCGAUAUUCGACAUUUUCGACAGCCUGCUAAAGUUGCGUAGCACGCUGCAGAUUUUCCUCGAGGAGGCCGACUUGCCGGCCAAAGGAUUGGCCGAGGCCGACUGGGAGACCAUCGAGUCGUACGUGCAAAUGUUCUCGCUGCUGAAGCAGGCCAGCGUGCUGUUCAGCGAGGAGGCCUACCCGCCUCUGUCGCUCUACCUGCCGACGAUCCGCGGCAUCCUCGAGCUCAUGGAGUCCAUGAAUCUCAACAACCAGCUGUCGGUCCAGCUGAUACGCUCGAUCUGCUCGAGAUUCGGCCACAUCAACACCAACCAGUCGAUGAUCAUCGCCAUGGUCCUCGAUCCCAGAUUCAAAACUCGCCUGUUGGCCGAGGACGAGCAGUUCGCCGUUUUCGACAUGGUCAAGGGCAAGAUGCUCUCCGUGGAUCGCGACGAGCGGCAGGCCACCCGAGGCGACACCGACAGGAUCGAGCAUUUCGCAGAUCAAUCGUUGAAGACCUACUUCACCAAGAUAGAGACGAAGAAAGCCGCCGACGACACCGACGGCAGGCUGGCAGAAGCGGAGCUGACCUACUACUUGUGUCAGAACGUAGUCCCGAUGAACACCGCCAUCAACCAGUGGUGGAAAGGCAAUUGCAGGCACUUCCCCAAGCUGGCCAAGUUGGCGAGGAUCUAUCUUUCCGUGCCGGCGGUGCAAGUGUGCUCCGAGCGAGCUUUUCCCAACAAGCGAGGCUUCAUCGUUGACAGCCGAGCCGAGCUGUUGACCAGCCAAGUGAACGUCUUGGAUCUCAUGAGAAUCAGCUUUUUGAACUCUAAUUUAGGUCAGUUUAGAGACGACGUCGAUUUAUAA